AUGGUAGCGCACGAAGGCAGCAGCUGCUGCUCAAACCCUCACCCCACCUAUGAUGAAUCUACAGAGACACCUCCUCAAGUAGAUAGCAGCCCUCCUCAUGCAGAAGGAUCAGAAAUAGAUGUUUCUAAAGAUGGUGGAGUUAUUAAAAAAGUGCUUGUUGCGGGUACAGGCGAGAGACCCCCGAAGGGUUUUGAAGUAGAAGUUCACUACGUCGGCAAACUCCAAGACGGCACGCAGUUUGACUCUUCUCGAGACAGAGACACUUCAUUCCGAUUUGUGCUGGGGGAGGGGCAAGUUAUUAAAGGAUGGGAUCUCGGUGUGGCGACGAUGAGCGUUGGAGAGAAGUCGAUGCUCACAAUUCAACCUUCUUAUGGCUAUGGAGAGGCAGGGGCUGGAGGGUCUAUACCCCCAAAUGCUACUUUACAGGUGUGA